AGUAAAUGUUUAUCAUUCAUAGCGUCCCACGAAAUAAGAUGACUGUCAAAACCUUUCCUAGUCUGUGCCCAAAUCAAACACAACACAAAUCACUUCGUUUGAGCACAGGAAAAAAAUGCUUUUCGAAUCCUAAGACUUGGGCCCACUGUCAGCCUCGGUAGAUAUCACACUCACUAGUCCACUCCCCUCUUCACUCCCGUCGGUGGAUUCCAUGUCCAACCGCGUCGCCGGAGGCCGGAACCAUGAAGCCUGUCAGUGUCGCCGAACACAACAACCACCAGCCUCGCCUGCACUCCCCCACGCCGGCGUCGGCGACCAAGAUCUCGAUCCCCAUCUCUUCGAGCGAGGCGGCGCUGUUCGGGAAGGGUAGGUACAAGGUGUGGGCCCUCGCGGCCAUCGCGCUCCUAGCGCUCUGGUCCAUGUUCGCCGCCUCCGUCACGCUGCGCUUGUCCUCCGUCGAUCUCGCCACCACGUUCGGGGACGCGAGCGAUCCGCUCAUCGACGAACUUGAUCCCCUGGAGAUGGAGCAAAGAGAAAAGCUAGUGCGCCGGAUGUGGGAUGUGUACACACGCACAGAUAAUCAUGUACGGCUACCACGGUUCUGGCAAGAAGCAUUUGAGGCUGCAUAUGAGGAGCUUGCUGGUGAUGAUACGCUUACUACUGAUGCAGCUAUAUCUGAGAUUGCUCGCAUGUCAAUCCAUAGGCCUGAGGUUGAGCAAUCGUCGAAUAAGGAUUAGGUAUUCUUCCGGAGGAGAUCAGAGGAACAGGACAGAUAUUUGGAAGGGUGGAACUGGUACGCUGAAGGUGAAGAACGUUAAAAAUGGUGCCGUCCCAUCUAAAGACGGAGUUGCAAAGUCUGACCCUUAGCGCCGCAGCAAUUUAAGGAGAUGUUUGGUUUGAAUAAUCAAUCUAUUUUAGAUGAGGUGAUGUAUCAUAAGUUCAUUCCACAAAUUUGGUAGAAUAAAUUUAUUCCUCAUAUUAUGACUAAUUAUUAACCUAUGAGGAAUAAAAUUAUGGUGGAUCAACCUAUUCUAUUAUUUAAACCAAAAGUAAGGAGUAAGAAGAUGGACUA